AUGGAACCCUCAAAUCCUGGCGAGUUGUCUCGCCUCUCUGCUGAGAUUGCAAGAGCAGUCGCGGAUGCAGUCAAGGAAGCGCUGGCUCCUAAAACCCCGCCACGUCAGCCGCCACUGGAGGAGGAAAAAUCAGUGAAUAUGUCGCGCAUAAUCGAUUCGCUGUCUGCUCGCCUCGCGCUUUUCAAAUACGACCCGGAGGAAGAGGCGACCUUCGAGAAUUGGUACGCGCGAUACGAAAAGCUUCUUGACGAGGAAGGAGAACUUCUGGAAGACAAAGCUAAGGCCCGCCUCGUGCUCUCAAAGUUGGAUGGCCGGGAAUACUCGCUCUUUGCGAAUCGACUGCUGCCGAUGCACCCGGACAAUUUGACGUUCUCCGAGCUGAUCUCUAAGUUGAAGGAGACGUUCAAGUCAACUUCGUCGGAGUUCCGCCGCCGAUAUGAUUUCCUGCAGACGUCGUUCACUGGAGGAGCUCUCGAAGAGUACACGGGCACCAUUCUCCGACGCUUCACCACAUCAAGGUGGAAGGAAAUGACCGACGAUCAAGUAUGCUGUCUCAUUUGGAUCGCCGGACUACGAGACGAAUCAUUCGCCGACAUUCGAACGAAAGCGCUGCAACUCCUGGAAAGUAAGACAGAAAUUACGCUUCUGGAGUUGGAAACGAAGAUCAAACGACUUCUGGAGAUUCGUGACGAUUCGCAGCGAGUGGGCACGUCGAAAGUAAAGCCUGAAAUCAACGCCAUCAAGGCAAAGAAGGCAAGUACACCGCAGAAGUCGCCGCCGUCCCCAUGUCCAAAAUGUGGUGGAAAUCAUUGGUCCCGUGACUGCAAAAUCGAGAAAGUCACGUGCAACGUCUGCGGAAAGGACGGCCACACAGCUAAGUUUUGCUACAAAAACAAGAAUCAUUCAAAGAAGUCGACGAAAAAAGUUCCAGAAGAAGAAGAUCAGCGUCGUAGCUGUCGUGCAAACUGUGCCACCGAAGCGAAGAAUCUACCUCAAUAUUCCGAUAAAUGGCACCGAUGUCCGAAUGCAGCUGGACACCGGAUCGGAUGUCACCGUAAUCAAUACGCGUGACUGGAGGAGGAUCGGAACGCCGCCGCUCGUCAAAUCGUCUGAGAAGCUCAUGUCCGCUUGCGGAAACGAGAUCAAGACGAAAGGAGUUUUCCAAUGCAAGUUCCAACUGCACGGAAAGGAGUAUGAGGGCGCCGCCCACGUCGCCGACACAUCUACACUGCUCGGCAUGGACUGGAUGGCCCUCGACUCGUCUCUCCUGCACUCGCUCGUCGAUUCGCCGGACACCUGCGUCAACAGUGUCCAAGUGACUAACAAGAAGGCGCCGCUCAUCAUGUGCCGCGAGGAACUUCUCAAUCUGCUGAAGAAGAGUCAUCCAAACGUCUUCAAGAGCGGACUGGGUACGUGCACCAAAACGCGAGCGACGCUGCGGCUGAAACCAGGUGCCAAACCCGUUUUUCGCAAGGCUCGACCGGUUCCAUAUGCUAGACUGCCGGCCGUCACUGGGGAACUCCAACGACUCGUCGCCAAAAGAGUCCUCGCCCCAACAAACCAUUCAGACUGGGCCACGCCCAUCGUUGUUGUGAUGAAAAAGAAUGGCGAACUUCGACUUUGCGCCGAUUUUUCAACCGGACUCAACGAUUGUCUGCAGCAGCACCAACAUCCGUUGCCGACUCUCGAGGACAGUUUCUCAAAACUGAACGGAGGUCGACUUUUCACUCAAAUCGAUUUGGCGGAGGCGUACCUACAAGUGGAAACCGAUCCGGAAGCGUCAGAACUUCUCUGCAUCAAUACGCAUCUUGGACUUUUUCGCUAUCAACGUCUGCCAUUCGGAGUGAAAACGGCACCAGCGAUUUUUCAACAAAUCAUGGAUUCACUCGUUGCCGGAAUGGAAGGAACGACGGUCUACCUGGACGACCUGAUGAUCUGUGGACGAACGGUCGAAGAGCACAAUAACCGUGUUGUCGCCGUUUUUGCAAAGCUGGACGAGUACGGAUUCCGCAUCAAACCGGAGAAAUGCCAUUUUCUCAUGCCAAAAAUCGAUUUUUUGGGAUUCCAAAUCGACUCUGAAGGACGCCGCCCGGAUCCAGCCAAAGUCCAGGCGAUUCUCGACAUGCCGCCGCCGAAAAAUGUGACGGAAACGCGAGCUUUCCUUGGAAUGGUCCAGUUCUACGGAUCUUUUGUGCCUGCGCUGCACGCGCAUCGACGGCCGCUCGACGCUCUCACCAAAAAGGACGUCAAGUUCGAAUGGAGCGCUGACUGUCAGAAGGCAUUCGAGGCUGUCAAAAGGAUGCUCAAUUCCGACCUUCUGCUCACUCAUUACGACCCAAAGUUGCCGAUCAUCGUCGCUGCCGACGCCUCGCAAUAUGGAAUCGGUGGCGUGAUCUCCCAUCGUUGGCCAAAUGGGACGGAAAAAAAGCGAUUUUCCACUUUAGUCGUGCUCUGACGGCCACUCAACAAAGGUACAGUCAGAUUGAGAAGGAAGGACUCGCUCUCGUCACCGCCGUCACCAAGUUCCAUCGUUACCUUCAUGGCCGCCGCUUCACUCUCCGAACGGAUCACAAGCCAUUGCUGACAAUCUUUGGCGGAUCCAAAGGAGUACCGAUUUAUACUGCAAAUCGAUUGCAAAGGUGGGCCACCAUUCUGCUCAACUACGAUUUCGAAAUCUCGUACGUCAAAACAAAAGAUUUCGGACAGGCCGAUGCCCUGUCACGCCUCAUCAACCAGAAAGCCCGACAAGCUGAAGAAGAUGAGGUGAUCAUCGCGCAAAUCGAAGUUCAAGCUUCGCCGGAACUCGCCAGUCAGUGCAACCAGCUUCCAGUCACCGCCGCAAUGAUUCGAAAUCAUUCAAAAAAACGGAUCCGCUUAUUCAAAAAAAGCCAUGGCGUGUGCAGAGCGAGGAGUCUGGCCGAAGGAUCUCGAAAAGGAGCCCGCGUUCCAGCAAUUUUCGAGACGCCGGGAACAACUGUCGAUUGUCGAGGACUGUCUGAUGAUGGCUCAUCGCGUCGUCGUUCCGCAACGUCUUCGCCAACGGGUUCUCGUUUCGCUUCACAAAGCACACCCGGGAAUCGUCCGUAUGAAGGCACUCGCUCGCAGUCUCGUCUUCUGGCCCGGAAUCGACAAGGAUAUCGAGCAGGUUGUGCGGAGCUGCGACAACUGCGCCGCCGCUGCCAAGAAUCCGAUAAAGAACGUGCUCUACUCGUGGCCAAAACCAGCUGCUCCGUGGACACGCGUGCACGCCGAUUUCGCCGGACCCGUCGACGGAGUCUACUACUUGGUGGUAGUAGACGCAUAUUCAAAAUGGCCGGAAGUGAUGGCGACCAAAUCGAUCACAUCGACCGCCACCAUCAAGCUCUUCGAGAAGAUUUUUGGGCAAUUCGGGAAUCCGGAGACGCUGGUGACGGACAAUGGAACACAAUUCGCCGCGCAAUUGUUCCAGUCAUUCUGCGAGGAGAGAGGGAUCAACCACGUCUUCGCACCACCCUAUCAUCCGCAAUCAAAUGGCCAAGCUGAACGGUUUGUCGAUACUUUUAAGCGCUCACUGAAGAAGCUGAAAGCCGAGUCGAAGGGAGAGGACGCGCUCAACGUCUUCUUACAACUUUAUCGUUCGACUCCGUGCGCGGCGGCGCCGCAGCAAAAGUCGCCCGCCGAAAGCUUCCUCGGACGGCCGAUCCGCACGCCAUUGCAACUACUGCUGCCAAGGACGGAUUCUGGGAUCUCUGAAAGGAAUCUGGUCAUGGAACGACAAUUCGAUGAUCAUCACGGAGCUCGUCUGCAAAAGUAUCGACCGCAGGAAGCCGUCUACGUCAAGGACUUUCGCAAUCCACUCAAGCCAACUUGGAGUGCCGGGAUUGUGAUAAAGAAGUUCGGGAACACCGUCUACGAGGUCGAAGUGGACGGUUUCCGCUGGAAAAGGCACGCCAAUCACCUGAAACCGAGGAUUCGCCGUCAACCGCUGGAGGAGCUGAUCGACACGUUUGGACUGGGAAGAUCGAGCGAUUUGGACGACACGAAGGACUUGGAUGGCCCAAAAGAUUGGAAGGAGGAUCGAAAGGAUGCCGCGGUUCCGAAGGAUGCCGAGGAUUCGAAGGAUUCUGAGGAUGUUUUGGAGUCGGAGGAGGAUUCGUUGGUUCGUCUGGAUGCUAAAUCGCUGCCUGCUUCGCCUGUGCACUCGCCGACUGUGCCGAUCGUCAGACGCUCUGCUAGAAGUCGAACUGCCGUCAAACAAUUCGAUAUGGACCCGACACAGAAAAGUUAUCAUUGAUAACUAGGUCCUCUCUGCCCCCAUUUACUUUCUUAUUUUUCGUGGGGAGAUGUUGUGUACUCUUCCAUACACACAAACUUGUUUUUUUCUCCUCCAGUCUUGUCACUCUCUGCGCACACACUCUCUCGGUGCCGCAAACAUUAUAGUUGACGACAAUUAGCUUUUCCGUUGUUUUAGCCUAGUUCCUCGACUCGGAGUAUUCUGUCUGAUAUUCUUUCCUACUUUAUUCACUCUGAAUAAACGUGUCUUAGCGAUACGCUCGUCUCCCGUAUUUUCCACCUCCUUGGUUUAAGAACCUGCGAACAUAUCAGAGAUUAAAACUAAAACAAGACAACUGUAAGAAUAUGUGAUUAAUUAAUGAGCCAUGCGCUUAUUCCAAAGGAUGACAAAUGAUCCAUCGAUGACCCAUCAGAUGGAGAAUCAUCCUUGCGUCUCAUGUUCGCCCAUUCUACGCCCAUUCCGGCCGAUGUCUCAGCGAUGGACGAAGCGUGACCCAUCGAUGACCCAUCGGUUCGGACAUCGAUGGGCCAAGCUUCGCUCAUCACCCUUUGGCCCAUUUUACGCCCAUUUUUUCCGAUGGAUGAAGCAAUGGGCGAACAAUGGCGCACGGAGUCGUGGAGAGGUACACUGGCGCAAGUGCGCUCUACCGCACACUUUUAGGCCAGCGCCGAAUUGCGUCAUAUGCACGGUCUCCCAGGGCGCGAAUAAUUUCAAUGGGGCGCACUUGCAACAGGCGGGCUGUGUCGAUUUACGCGGCGGCCGAUUAAUUAAUUUUCAACGGGAGUUCGCGUUCUUUUGAUGUUUUCUGCACAAUACACUUAUUUUUUGUGCGCCUGGAACCUGGAUUCGAAUAAUUAGAGCACUAGCUACGUUUUGGUAACAGAAAUCCCACAUAUCGUUGAGAAUUAGCCGAGUUAUUUCGAUUUGAAGGUUUUGGCCUGGAUUUUGAUGUUUUUCGAAUAAUUUUCGAAAACUGCUCAAGAAAACUAACCGCAGGAACCUGAAUUUUGUGAAGAAAGAUUCAGCGAACAUUUUUAUUGUUCGUUGGGCUCAUGAAAUGCAAAAUGAGCUGAAAUAUAAAGGUUUGAAGUUUUGACGAAAUGCGAAAAAGACGCUUAAAACAAGUAAAACUCUAAAUUCUGUAAAGAACGGUUUCCAAUCAAUAAAAUAUUGUUUUCUAGACGUUUUUCAAGUCAAAAAGAUAGAAAUAAAGGUCGUAAACUCGAAUUGAACUGCAUUUUCAGACCUGCAAAUUUUCAAAAGUUACAACGACACUCCGCAAUUUACGAGCGCACUGUGUUUAGCAUUAGCGCCCUGGGAGACCGUGAUAUGACGCAAUUUCUGUGUCGAUUUACGGGCUUGCUGUUUUUGAAAUUGAUGUUUGCAGUGAAUUUCCCAAAUCUAGUUCAUUUUUCUUCGAAAAAAAUAACUGAAAAUUGUGACAAAAUUAAUUUUCCAGUUUUAAAAGUUCAAAAAUUUAAUAAACUCUGAAAUUAGCCACUUUCAUCUCUGACGGAUGAAAAAUUGAAACCGGAAACGGAUUUGGACAACUACAGCGAGGAUCAAACGGACGAAAGUUCAGGUAAUAUGUGUAGUACUCUGUUCCGACAAUUAAAAAAUGUUUGUAAAAAGACGGCUUUCUUCCAGGAGACACCAUGAGAUGAUUUUCGACGUGCAACCAGCUUCGGGUGAGCUAACGGCAAAAGAUGCAAUCAAACAAGGUUUUCAUUUGCUAAUUCACAUUUCGGCAGUUUAAAAAUUCCGAUCAGCUCAGAGAAGGCGCUCGUGCCAAAUUGGCACCGAGCGGUGCCCGUUUUCUAGGUUUCUGGAUGGACAACGGCGAACCAGAAUGUCAAGUGACCGAAAAGGAAAAACUGGACUGAAAACACGAAACAGAAACCUAGAGUUUUCUCUAGGCAAAGUUAAUGCUCUAAAAGCCGGAUUGGAUCGUCACAUCACCACUUCUCGCAAAAUUUACCGUAAUAAUUUGAGACUGAUUACUGAAGAGAGAAAUGAAGCUUACAAAAAACUGACGGCUGCACAGGAGAAGAUGAAAGAGUUGAAUCGACAGGUCGCUGAGCUCUCGGCGUCGAAAACUCGCCACGAGUGGUUUGAGCGAAACGUACGCGACAAAUCGAAGACUAUCGAGCGUCUCCAAGAGAAGCUGAAAAACGUGGGAUUAAGAGAGGCAGAUCGUCCGCAAGUUGGAACUGGGAAGACUUUGAAGCUGUACGAGGAGCUGUCAAACAAGAGAUGCAAAAAGCUCAGGGUUAAACAGGCUAUGACGGAUAUCCAAAAGCUUGGUGGUGGGGCGAAAUAGGCGGAGUGUGAGAUUCGAAUGGUUUCUGUUUUUAGGGAAGUUGGAGAAAUUUUGCCGCAAAAUUUGCCUCGAAAUGGAAAAAGAAGGGAUGCAUCGCUGCACGUUGACAGAUGACGAAGCAUUCGCGAUGUACGUGGAGGCUGGCUUGACGAGAAAGUCGUUCCGACUCAUUAAGACCUACUUUCGAAAAGCCGGCAUAAUCGACCCUCUCCCCUCGCAAGAAACCAUCACUGAUCUGGAAAAUCGACACGCCAGUUGCGAUGACUUCCUAGUUUCCACCACUCCUGCCAAAAAUGGUGGAGAUGCGGAAGUGGUAGUUGCCGAAUUGAAAAAUGCGAAAGAAUACGUUCAAAACCGUCUGACACAGAUGUCUAAAAAUGGGACGCUGAUCUUCGAUGAGUCUACCGGGAGAAACAUUCGGCUGUCAUUGCAAGGUUUAUCUAAUAACAGAGGAGGGGAAAAGGAAAUGACUUACACGGGUUUUCAGGAGACAAAGGAGGCCAAGACGUCAAACUGGCACUGUCCAUCGGAAACUGUGACACUCCAAACAGCUGUCAUCAGCCAUUGGGGAUAUUUGAUGGCGACGAGUCGAGUGCGGAAAUCGAGCGAAACCUGAAAAAUAUUGUCGAUCAAUUAAACGAGCUCGAGGAGGUCGAAGUGGAAAUUGAUGGAGUCAAGACAGUUUUACCCGUGACUCUGUUCCUAGGAGGUGUUGUAAUCUGCCUGUGGCCCGGGUGGCGCAGUGGCAGAGGGGGGUGUAACUCGGGAUGUACCGAAAGUUUUGGAGAAAAAAUUGAAAGCGUACACUAAUAUAGAGUGGGAGAACACAUUCCAUCAAAAAUAUUAUGGAAAUUCGGAGUUUUGCGAAACCCGUUGCGGUCCCUACCUGUAACUGCCUUCUACGCGCUCCUGCUGUUUGCAGCAAGCUUCUGAUGCCUUCUCAAGGCUUCUCAGAAACCUCGCCUAUCAGAAUCUCACGACGGCAUCCUCGGAUGCUGGAAGAGCAGCAUUUCCAGCGUCAAUUUCCCUACAUUUUCGAAAACUGAAGGGAUUUUGCUGUAAGGUAGCUAAAUAAAUGUGAUAUAGAUUCUGAAAAUGCGUUCUCGAAUUUGUAUACUAGUCACUUUCACUUCUUGUGUUUUUAUGCUUUUUUACUUUUGCGCUAAAGUAAAAAAAAGCAUAUAUUUUGUUCUUUUCUUAUCUUCAACAAAUUCUAUGGCGAAUUCUGAAAAUGCUGCUUUCUGCUAAACCGGGCGACAGUACGACACUCCAAAGGUCGCCGACUAGUCGGCAGCGGCGAGUGAGCGUUGUGUCCGAUGAUGACGUCAGCACGCGUUAGCAUGACACGGCUCUUCCUCGGUUCCGUCGUCAAUUUUUGUGGCCGAUAGACGCCCACUUUUAUCACAAGACCAUCGAAAGUCACACGGCUGUUAUCACGCUUUCCAUUUCGAACGAUUCUGACCUCCAAACCAUCCCUAGUACCACAACCAUUUUUUCAGCUCUCAAAACUGGAACGCAUGGGCGAGCAAGAAAGGUGGAGCAGGCGAUGAAACUCGAGCGGCUUUUUAUAUUUUCGUACGUUUCAAGAUAGAUUUUAAACAUUUUAAGUACUUUUAAGUAGUAAUGAAUAAUUUCAGCGUACUACUAGUACUACCCCAAGUUGAAUCUAAUCAAGAAGUAACACUGAUCAAAAGCUGGAGAGAUAUUUUGUUGCGAGACCAGGAUAAUCAGUAAGAAUUUCGUUUCAAGAGCUUUCUUAGUUAGAUUUCCUCCUUUUUCAGGUCGAUCUGCUCUUUGUCACUGGCAGAAUGUGCCCGAUCCACGCCUUAUAAUGUAACUAAGAAAAUCGGAAAGUCCCCUUCCAUUGGUACGAGUUAUCGGAUUUUUUGAAAGAAAUUCAAUUUUUCAGUGAAUGCAUCAGAAAAGGAAACGGUUCCAACCGAGAAAAGUAUUGAAAACUUUGACGAGUGGACCAAAAAGAGAAGGGACGCAGUCGCGGUGAGCCCGUAUUUCUUUGUGUGUGUGAAAUCGGCAAUUUCAGAAUCAAAACGGACAACAGAAGACAGUGGAGCCGUCUUCUCCCGGAGCAGUCCUCCGUCACGAUGAAGUGGUCAUUCCUCCGAUUCCCCGUCCGACACGGAACUUUGCCAGCCGAGAAUGCGGUGCUAAGAUCAUCGCGGCGAACCCGGAAGCGGAGAAUGCAAAAGCUGUUGUGAACGAGAAAGACGUCGACGACUAUAUGCGGAACCCUUGCCAAUCGGCGAAGGAGAAGUUCAUUGUAAUCGAACUGUGCGAGGCGAUUCAGGUGACAAAAAUCGCGAUUGGAAAUUUCGAGCUGUUCGCUUCGAGACCCAAAACGAUCCACGUGUUUAUCUCGGAAAGAUACCCUCCUCUCGCCAAUUGGAUCUCCUUGGGAUCGUUCCAAUUGCAAGACCAUCACAAAAAUCUGCAGACUUUUGAAGUGCCGGAAACAAACGUGUAUGCAAAAUUCGUGAGAAUCAAUCUGGAAGAUCACUACGGAAAAGAGCAUUAUUGUAUUGUGUCUGUAGUGAAUGUGAUGGGAAGCACUUUGGCGGACGAGUACGACAACGAGGAAGCAGCGGCGCAUCUUCUGAACGUGAUCGAAGAGAAGAAAGUGGAAGAGCCGGUGACGACUCCGCCCCCUUCCGAACAGAAGAUGCAGACGCAGCUCCCAGUGCCGCCGAGAGCUCCGAACCAGACGUACCACAUCAGAGAAAAAGGAUUCAAGUGAGUCUUCCAAUCGUCUUUCACUUCGAUUUUCUUCUGUUUCAGCUUCCGUCAACAUCGAUCCAUCUGCAGUCAAUGUUCCGUUCUGAAGAUCUCCUACCUCUUCUGCCACAUUCUUCCGAGGGGAUUCCCAACUAGAAAGACUGCUCUUCCACCUAAAACAUCCAAAAUCAAACCGGCAGUUUCUGAAAACAGAAGCCUGAAGGUUGAGCUCGGAAUGUGGGCGGAACGGAGCCGUCAACUGAGCUUCGAGCAGUCCAGAAGAAGGAAUCUGGCCAGUAUUCAGAGAUCUAUGCCGAAGAAGCCAAUUAAGGAAAUAGAACCCGUUGCGCCGAUCUCCAUUCUUCCUUCAAACCCGAAAGCGGAAACUGUGAAAGUGGAGAAAUCUGUGGAGCCUGUGAAGACUCCAGAAGAUGUGAAGCCGAUGCAAGAGCAACAGAAACAACAGAAGCAGAAAGCCGAAUCUAUUCUUCCAGCUGGCGGAUCCACGAGCCAACGAGAAAUCGUUCUCAUGAAGCUAAGCAAAAGAAUUGCCGCCGUCGAAAUGAAUCUGACGCUGAGCACGGAAUAUCUAUCGGAGCUCAGCAAGCAGUACGUUUCCCAAAUGAGCGGUUACCAGCAAGAGCUCAAAGAGACGCUGAGGGCUUCCCGACAGUCUGCGCAGUCCGUCGAAACUGUGAUGCGCUCGAAAAUGAACAUUGUGAAAAGGGAACUCCGCGACCUUCGGCAGUCAGUUUACGUUCUUCAACAACUGGAGAGCAGGCGGUACAAGCAGGCGCAAAACGAGAUGAGCAGGAACAUAUUCAUGUCGUCAUGCCACAUCAGUUCCAAUGUCCCUCCCCGUGAGUGUUUGCUCCUUUUUCAGCAUUAAACGGCAAAUCAUUAAAGAUCCGACCCUCGCACGGCUUCCUCUCGUCAUUCCAUCCGUCUCCGGAAAAUUUGACAACUUGACGAACUUCGAAGAGAGGAUCAAGAAGAUUUACGAGACGGCAAAGUCGGUCAUGUUCGGAUCGGUGACGUGGAAUGUGAGUGCGAUCUGGAUCUUCAUCACUUACCGUACUGGUUACUUUCUUUCAGACCGAUCAUUUGAUCGUCGCUCUCAUCACAUUCAACGUCGUCGCUCUCGCUUUCCUCUUCGCCGGAGUUUUUUAUAUUCAUCGGCGGAACAAGGAACGAUGCGAAGAAACGCAGACGAUGAUGAAGAACGAAUUGAGAUCGCGAAUUGCGAAAGUGGGAGUGGACAAUCGGAAGAUGAUUGCGAAGGGAAUGAGACGAGCGGAACUCGCGGUCACUGCCGCCGUUUCCUCGGCGCUCAAAAUUGAAAAAUCGUCGAGCAAUCGGAAAGCGAUGACGGAACUGGAGACGGCUCUCGCCAACCUGUUCGCCGCUCAACAGACUCGAAUCGAAGAGCAAUUCGAGCAGAAUCAACGAUUUCUGAAGGACGCGCUGGCGGAAGGCCGACGGUCUCGAGCGGACGAUACGAUGAGUGUGGAGGACAGCGAAAGCUCGUCGGAAACGGAGCAGCCAAAAGAGGACACGCCCACUUUCGAGGAGUCAGAAUAG